UGGCCAAGAAAAAUGACUUUCACGCUUACUAACUAUUCUAUUUGCAUUCUCACUUUACGGUAGAAUUGAAAUGCACGGGAUGUAUGUUGGAGGGUCAUGAAUCUAUAGGAUCAUCGGAGGAUCCCUAAAGUGAGGAUACAUUUGAUKUUUACGACCGUUGGAAAUCGAGGCACCAUGGACUUAGGGUUGUGUCUGAGGGUGCUGAUACUGGCUGCUCUCACAGUUCCCAUCUUAGCAGCUCAACAUGCUCCGGAGACAUUCACCUUAACUGUCCCUGAUGGUCCAACCUCGACCUUGUCUGGCUCCUCUGUCUCUCUACUCUGUCAAGUUUCACCUCUCUUCAAUGUUGAGCCAUUGGAGGUGCGCUGGUAUCGUUCCAGUAACUAUCACAGUCCUGCCUUGUUGUACAAAGAUCACAAGAUCCAGGAGGCCCCUGUGGACCCCCGUUACAGGGGCAGGGUGUCUCUAACUGGGGGGAUGGAGAGGGGGAACGUGUCCUUGACACUGGAGAGGGUCACACUGGAAGACAGGGGGGAGUAUGUGUGCCAAGUCAMCAGUGAACAGUGGUAUGAAAAGGCCAGUGUCUUCCUCACAGUGAAUGUAACAGGUAGUGAACCAGUUCUCUCUGUAGCUGAAGCAAGAGGAGGAGGAGGCCAGCUGACGUUACAUGUUCAUCAGCGGGCUGGUCACCACAACCUAAACUCACCUGGAGAAAACAAGAUGGGGCAGAGAUCAGAAAUGGACAAGAAGUACUCAACUCUUCUGAUCCCCAGGGAUUGGUGAGUGUCAGUAGUUGGCUGCUGUAUGCUCCCUCAUACUCSGAUUGGCUCGCCUGUACAGUCUCUCUGUCUGAG